AUGUCCAGCACUUCAUCUCCGACGUAUACGAUCAGCAAGACACUGAAUACUCAGUAUCCGCUUAUCGACAAUGACCCGCACUUCCGGCGAGUAAUCGGUUAUGCCCGCCCGUCCGAUUAUGUCUACGGCACUGUCGCGGGGGCUGCUGGCCCCGGCCUUCUAUAUCUGAUGGAGAAGAUGGCACCAUCAGGUGUCGGAAAGGGUGGCUUUCCCAAGGCGAUGCGACUUGCGACCGCCGUUGGUUUCUUCGGCGGCUUCCUCUACUUUUACCAACGAUCCAUCCUCCGUUUCUAUGGCAUGAGCGAGAACGCCCGCGAGAUACAGAUGGAUAUGCGUGAGAUGGUCGACAGGGUCAAGGCUGGCCAGCCACUUUACGGCGUCAGCACCCUGCCUGUUGAUGUACAAGGCAUGGCCGCUCGUCAGUCGAGAUACUCGGCCCUUUUCUUCGCUGUCCUCCCUUGGUUCAACUUUGUGAACCACAACCAGCACGGUGUCGACACAGCCAAGUACUACCAGCAGGCCGAGAGGGAGUUGGAGGCUGAGCGUUUGGGCAAGGGAAGCUCGUCGUAA